AUGCUUGCAUUAACAAGCACGGUGAUCAUGUCAACUUCACUCCUAUUGCUUUCAUGCUUCAUGCUACACCUUGCUUCUACAUAUGUUAUUGCUCAUUCAGCUGAGAACAACUACUUCUACAACAACAACAACAACUACAACAACACUCCCCUACCUGUCUCAAAGUAUAUCCCUAAGAAACCAUUGCUCAAUGUCAUAGACUCUUGCUGGAGGGCCAAACCAAGAUGGACCUCAAAUCGCCAAGCCUUGGCUGAUUGUGCAAUUGGCUUUGGCAAAGAUGCCACAGGAGGCAAAUAUGGUGCAAUAUACCAAGUCUCAGACCCCUCUGAUGACCCUGUAAACCCAAAACUGGGCACCCUUCGUUAUGGUGCAAUCCAAAGUGAACCACUCUGGAUCAUUUUUGACAAAGACAUGAUCAUUACACUAAAAAAUGAGCUUAUUAUGAAUAGUUACAAGACCAUUGAUGGAAGAGGAGCAAAAGUGGAGAUUGCUGAUGGACCUUGCAUUACAAUACAAAGUGUUAGUCAUGUUAUUAUACAUGGCAUUAGCAUCCAUGAUUGCAAACCAGCCAAACCUGGUCUUGUGAGGAGCACUCCUGACCAUGUUGGCCAUCGUCUAGGCUCAGAUGGAGAUGCCAUUAGCAUAUUUUCUUCCACCAAUAUUUGGAUUGAUCAUUGUUUUUUGGCUCGUUCCACCGAUGGUCUGAUCGAUGUUAUUCGUGCCUCAACUGCCAUUACCAUAUCUAACAAUUACUUUACUCAGCAUGACAAAGUUAUGUUGCUAGGACAUAAUGACCAAUUCACAAGAGAUAAAAUAAUGAAAGUAACAAUAGCCUUCAACCAGUUUGCUAGUGGCCUAACUGAAAGGAUGCCAAGGGUAAGAUUUGGUUACGCCCAUGUGGUCAACAACAAAUAUGAUGAGUGGAAAAUGUAUGCUAUUGGAGGUAGUGCUAACCCAACCAUUUUAAGUGAAGGGAAUUUUUAUGUAGCACCAAAUGACCCAAGUGCAAAACAGGUUACCAAGAGGAAAGUGAAGGAAAACUGGAAGAGUUGGAAAUGGAGAUCUUCCAAGGACUUAUUUUUAAAUGAUGCUUAUUUUGUACCAUCUGGAUUUGGAAGCAGUGCUCCAAAUUACUCACCUUCUCAAUCUUUUAGUGCUGCUCCGGCAUACAUGGUACCUGCAAUAACUCUCAAUGCAGGUCCAAUAAAUUGUAUUGCUGGGAGAGCAUGUUAG